AUGACUACUGAAGUCUUGACACAAGUGCAAAAUCCUGCUCCACAGGAUCAAAUUUUACCACCUGAAUAUCAAUUAAAAGAAAAAGAGCCCGAACAUUGUCCAGGUCCUGAAUCAGAAGAUGCAGGUAAAGCUGAUGCUUGUAAUGGUUGUGCCAAUAAAGAUAUUUGUGAAAGUUUACCCAAGGGUCCAGACCCAGAUAUUCCCUUGAUUGUAGACAACUUAUCAAAUAUUCAACAUAAAAUUUUGGUUCUUUCAGGUAAAGGUGGUGUUGGUAAAAGUACUUUCACAUCUAUGUUAAGUUGGGCCUUAUCAGCAGAUGAAGAUUUACAAGUAGGCGCUAUGGAUUUGGAUAUCUGUGGACCUUCUUUGCCAAGAAUGAUGGGUUGUGAUAAUGAAUUGGUUCAUGAAUCGAAUUCUGGUUGGACUCCUGUUUAUGUUGCUGAUAACUUGGCUACCAUGUCUAUCCAAUAUAUGUUACCUGAAGAAGAUUCUGCUGUCAUUUGGAGAGGUUCUAAGAAGAAUUUAUUGAUUAAAAAAUUCUUAAAGGAUGUGGAUUGGGAUUAUUUAGACUAUUUGGUAAUAGAUACUCCACCAGGUACUUCGGAUGAGCAUAUUUCUAUUAAUAAAUAUAUGAAGGACUCUGGUAUAGAUGGUGCAUUGAUUGUGACUACUCCACAAGAAGUAGCAUUAUUAGAUGUUAGAAAGGAAAUCGAUUUCUGUAGGAAAGCUGGUAUAAAUAUUUUAGGUGUAGUGGAAAAUAUGAGUGGAUUUGUUUGUCCUGGUUGUAAGCAUGAAUCUCAAAUAUUUAGAGCCACCACUGGUGGUGGAAAAAAAUUAUGUCAAGAAUUAGGUUUGAAUUUUCUAGGGUCUGUUCCAUUGGAUCCAAGAAUAGGGAAAUGUUGUGAUAAUGGAGAAAGUUUUUUAGAUACUUAUCCAACUAGUCCAGCAUCAGUAGCAGUAUUAAAAGUGGUAGAAGCUUUAAGAGACGCUGUGGGAGAUUUAUAA